UGAGGGCUCCUCAUGCCAUUGGCUAUACGUUUGUAGCUGCCCUGUGGAAAUAGCAAAACGGAAGUAGUGGAGUAGCAGCCUGUCAAUGUGGAGAAGAGGCAUGUCAGAGGAGAUAGGGAAAGCUCUCCUGAUCGUGCGGGAGAAGCUGGAGCAUGCUGCGGCCAGGAGACCCAAGAAUCUCCCUGCUGGUCUGCCGAGACUGGUGGCUGUCAGUAAAACAAAGCCAGUAGAUAUGGUGAUUGAAGCAUACAGACGCGGUCAACGUUAUUUUGGGGAGAACUAUGUACAAGAAUUAGUUGAGAAGGCCUCAGACACAAAUAUCUUGUCAUCCUGCCCAGAGAUUAAAUGGCAUUUCAUUGGACAUGUGCAGAAACACCACAUUAACAAGAUCGUUGCUGUUCCGAACUUGCACAUAUUGGAGACCUUAGACUCUGUGAAGCUUGCGGAUAAGGUCAAUGCGUCCUGGCAGAGAAAGGGAUCAGUGGAGAAGUUGAAGGUCAUGGUCCAAGUCAACACCAGUAGUGAAGAAAGUAAACAUGGCCUUGCUCCAUCAGACACUAUUGGGCUAGUAAAACAUAUCAAGGAGAAGUGCCUAGGUUUGGAGUUUGUGGGACUUAUGACCAUAGGAAGCUUUGGCCACGAUAUCACACAAGGGCAUAACCCUGACUUUCAGUUGCUGCUGAAACAGCGGGAGGAAGUGUGUGAGACACUGGGGCUUCCACUGGAUGCGGUGGAGCUAAGCAUGGGGAUGUCCUCCGACUUUGAGCAUGCCGUUGAGGUGGGUUCCACCAGUGUCCGUAUUGGUAGCACCAUUUUUGGGGAGAGGGUCUACUCCAAGCCAGUAAAAGGAGAUCCCAGUGUCACUAGCACAGAAGAGAAGUUGGGUGACCUUUCUGUACAAGAGCACUGAGGACACCUGGGCAGGAUAACACUGCAGAGGAAACCACCAGACCAGUUCUUUAUUAGCGUGGCAGUGCAUAGAAAUGGAUGUAUGAUUAUCUGACGGCAGAGUCAUCUUGUUCUGAAUAAUGUACUUUAUAAUGGCUCCUCCAAAAAUAUACCCGCUAAUCACAGAUCUACUCAAAUGUAGAGAAAAGCAAGAAAAUGUAAGAGUUUUUACUCCCUUUAUCAAAAAACUUUUCCAAAUCCAGAAAGUUGAUCUCUUGCCGAUGGACCGACUGUCAUUGAAUGUUUCAGGAGGAGUUGCUCUUAUCUCUAUAAUGUAAAUUAACAUAUUAAUGUUUUAUGGAGGACCUGCCAGCAUAGGGGCAGAGUUUAUAGUGAGGUAGAUUAGUAGUAUUAUAAUGCAACACAGUUUCCUUUCCACUCUGUAGAUGUAGAGUGUCUGCCAGGCCAAUCGCAUAGAAGUGAGCAGCUAGUGAGCUGAUCACACUUGGUGGAUGUCUGCGUCUCUCUUCCUCUGCUGUACACCGGCACAAGAGCUGAGAGUUGCCAGAGAUGGGGAGCGAGUGCUUCCCAGCACUUGGGCACAUUGGGCCUAAUUCAGACCUAAUCGUAGAUGUGCUAAAUUUAGUACAUCUACGAUCAGCUUCCCUGACAUGCGGGGGGAAGCCCAGCACAAGGCUAGUCCGCCCCGCAUGUCAGGCCCUACCCCGCCGCACAAGUACAAAAGCUGUGCAGUGCCUUUGUACUUGAAGAGUAGCUCCCUACCAGCGCAGCUCCUGUGCGCUGGCAGGGAGCUACUCGUCGCUGUCCAGGUCGCAGCUGCUGCGUGGGACGUCACGCAGCCGCCACCGCCCGCCCCCUGCAUGGCCCGGGCACGUCUGCGUUGCCCGGACAGCGUCCAUAAAGCCCCACCCCCUCCCGCACAGCGACCACCUCUGCCUGUCAAUCAGGCAGAGGCGAUCGCAGGGCUGAGACGGCCAUCGGCUGUCUGGCAUGCGCAUUUCAGACCUAUAAUAUAUAUUUAUUACAUUUCUUUGUGUAGUUAACUUAAUCUCUGCCUCAAUUGCGAGGGAUGCCAUAAAAGCAUACUGUCCUCUUCAUUUAUGAGGUGCAGACUGUGAAAGUAAAAAGUGAUAACGCAUUGUUACUGUCAUCACAUGCUGUGUAAUAAUGUCCACUGCCUUAGUCCACGCCAAACCAGCAUAUCAUGUCCUGUCAUCACUUACAGGAUGUUCAUCCUUUGAAUACAUCUAUCUUCUGUUUGAGAGUGUUAUGAAAUGUUGGGAAAUACAUAGAGAAAUGUUCCAGUAAGCCUAUGGGGCAUAGUUAUUGCAGCAUCUUGUAUUUAACUUUACACUUCUACAAAUGUAUUUUAAUCUCAAUGAAUGUGACGGGUCAAAUGUACUGUGUAUUGUUCUUUGAGGAAAUAAAAAACAUUCUUGGUAA